UUCUGUUUUCCCUCCUUCCCGUGGCUGCCGUCCGCCAGAUGGUGAACCCCUCCACCAAGCCGGCUGAGUCGCUCCAAAGUCGCUCGACCCUGUCGGUGUCCCGCUUAGGGGAGCCCCGCCCCUGGUCCUUCGGGAAGAGAGUCAGGGAAUCCAUUCCCGUCGCCUCCGGUCCCACUUCCGACACCAAAUAUGCCCGGGGCUGGCUGGCCGCCCUGAGGGACCCCGGCGUCCUGGGUGCCCUGGCGCAGGACCUGGGGCUGCUGAUUCUGUUCAUGGCGCAGCACAGCCUGAUGGCCGCCGAGCCCGUGAAGGCCUGGGCCGCCCGGCGGUUCGGAGUCCUGCACAGGUCCCUCUACGUGGCCUGCACCGCCCUGGCGCUGCAGGUGCUGAUGCGCUGCUGGGAGCCUGUGCGCGGGGGUCCGGCGCUCUGGGACGCCCGGGCCGAGCCCUGGGCCACCUGGGUCCCCCUGUUUUGCUUCGUGUUGCACACCAUCUCCUGGCUGCUCAUCUUCAGCAUCCUCCUCGUUUUCGACUACGCGGAGCUCAUGGGACUCAAGCAGGUGUACUACCACGUGCUGGGCCUGGGCGAACCGCUGGCCCUCAAGUCGCCGGGGGUCCAGCAGCUGUUUGCCCACCUGCGGCACCCGGUGUGCGUGGAGCUGCUGGCCGUGCUGUGGGCCGUGCCCCGGCUGGGCCCCGACCGGCUGCUCCUGGCCGCGCUGCUCACCCUCUACCUGGGCCUGGCCCACGGCCUGGACCAGCGCGACCUGCACUACCUCCGGGCCCAGCUCCGACGCAAGCUCGACAUGCUGGCCCUGCCCCACCACCCGGCCCCGGCCCCGGCCCCGGCCCGCUGAAGGGGCCAACCGGGACCGACCGACCGACCGACGCCAGGCCUCGCCCCUGUCCAAAUGGCCCGCACCCCUUUGAAUCUCCCGCCUUCGCUGUGGCUGUGAGGCCUCGCCCAUUGGGGGGCCCGCCUUGACUCGGCCUCUCCCUCCCCCC